AUGGGAGCGUGGGAAGAUGACCUUUUGGUCUCCAUGUGCCUCUCCGCUCUCCUCUCCCCUCUCCCCUCUCCAUCACCUUCAACAAGGCUUCUCGGCUUUCAAACCAUGGUAGUGCUAGUGCUAGUGCUAUUGGAUCCUCUCACACGAAAGACAAAUAUCCAAAAAGUAGGCGGAUCUACUCACCCAGGAGUGAACCAAAGUAUCACAAAAUCGAGGCAAAACCAUGUGACACGUGUUCCCGCACCCUGCCACUUGGAAAGCGAAGCAAAGCAAACAUAA